AUGGCUACGAAUUCGACUGAGCAGCUCCUGGAGGACUACACGGGCAAGUUGGUGCCGUAUUCUUUCAAUGGAGGAUUGUUACUUAUCGGCUCUGCUAUUGCUAUGGGCGGCAUUGCGAUUUGGUCAAUGCACUUCAUCGGCAAUCGAGCUAUUUACAUGCUUGACGGCCAGGAAGCCUUCCAGAUCUCCUACUCUACCGCCCUGACCGUCAUGUCUCUGCUGGUCCCCAUCUUCGUGCUCACCCUCGCAUUCCUGGGCGUCAGUGGAAGUGGUCGAAUUCGAUGGUGGCGAAUCGUGCUUGCCGGGUUUCUCUCUGGAGGAGCCAUUUCCGGCAUGCACUACCUCGCCGAUGCCUCCAUCAGAAACUACAACGCCUCUUAUGAACUCUCGUAUCUGGUUGGCUCGGUGGUUAUUUCGGUCCUUGCUAGUUUGGUCGCCCUCGCACUCUUCUUUGUCUUUGAAAAUAAGUGGAAAAGUGCCUGGUGGAAGAGACUGGGCUGUGCCGUGGUUCUCGCCGGGGCAGUGUCGGGCAUGCAUUGGUGUGCGGCUGUCGGGACGCGAUAUACUUUGAUUAAGAACACCAACGGCAAGGGCGUAUCCCGCCAGGAUGCCAUGGUCGUCGUCAUUUGCCUGUCUAUUGCUGCGGGUAUUGUCAUGACCGGCAUGGCCGCCUACACCGGUUGGGUAAGACGAGACUACGCCAGCAAGUCGCAGCAAGUCGUCCUGGCUGCUGGCGUUUUUGACGACAAGGGCCGCAUCAUGGUCAGUCAAGAAGGUUACCUGCCCAGUGAGGUCGUUACAGACACAUACUUGCCAAAGUCCAACGACGACUUUUUCAGCACUGGCCACCCUCUAUUCCACUGGAUGUUCCGUGCUUCUCGGAAUUGGGACACUAUUGCCAAAGUCAUGGGCAAGAUGGCCAGCCACAUCGCUUUCCUCGCACAGAAGCGUCACAUUGGCAGAGCUGGUGUCAGACUUGUCGGAGACGAUGGCGUGCUCGUGGAAGACUACGACAUAAUCCUGCGGGAGCUGUUCUGCGUGACUGCCGGCGCUCUCGCCGCAAAGACCAGAGAGACUCUCAAGGGAGUUGGAACCCUGUGGGACGAAAUCUUUGUCACUGGCGACUCGUUCAGGGCUCCUGGUCCUCGGCACAGGAUGCUCCAGGACAAGUUCAGCCUGGCAGAAAAGGGGAUCGAAAACAACGGCCAGGAAUGCGGCCGCGGCUGCCUCAUGUUCCUCGUCCGCAAGGUUGACAACAAGCGAGAUGUUGAGAAACUCGAAGCGGCCGGGUACAGAUUUGCUGAAGUCCACCAGGUUGCCGGCGCUAUUCGGUCCAGCAUGCAGAUCAAGACGCCCGAUCUGGAGGCUCGACUACGCAACAUGGCUAAGCAGAAGGACAAGACCAACAUACUCGCCCCCGGCGUCCAUGUGGGCAUGUUUGCUGUCCGCGCUCGUCUUCACAGAGGCGGCUUCGACGUGCUCGCUCAGAAGACGGCCAGAAAACUGCUGCCUUCUGUUCCCCUGCGCAUCAAGCAACUAGACGCCCUGCAGUCGGGGUUCCUCAACACCAUCCGUGGCAUGACUCUUGCCACUAUACUGCUCAAACUGGAGAACCACAAGCCCAGCUCCCCCCAGGAGGCGCUGUUUUUGGUCGCCCUCCGAGAUGCCAUCUCCGCCCUGCGAGACUCCCUCGGCGAUGAAGCCUUUGACGAGGCGACCUUGUUGCCCAAAGAAGUCCAGCUGCCCUGCACCCGCGCCGCCGGGAGCAAAUCCCCCUCAAAGUGCACCCUCAUCGCCUUCCAACUCGUCCUCCCCAUCCACGCCGUCGUCCUCUCGGACACGUGCGAGUUCACGCCCCUCAACUUCUUCAAGAUGCGCCAGCUCACCUACGAGGGCCCUUCUCACGACAUUGAGUUUUCUCACAUGGUCCACCGUGACAUGUCGUCAACAGCGCACGACAUGUCUUCUAGCCAGUUUAGCGCAGCACCUCCGGCCGGCGGCAGCAGUAGCUACUUCUCCCGAGCCCUCGGCAGGUUCAGACGAUACAUGCCAGGACAAAGUCGAGCCGCAACUGUGUCCCCGCUAGCGCCCACCAAGAGCCAGGAGCAGUUGUCCAAGGUGGCCUCGCAUCCCAGCUCCCUGUACAAUGGCGACGACGGAAGUUUCGACGAAUCCCUCAAGCUUUCCUCUCCCAGCCAUCUCCCUGCCGCCAAGUAUGUCCCCAGGAACAAAAGUCAUGACAAGCAGUUCCAUGUCUUUGGCGGUAUCAUGGUAUCACAAGAAGUGUCGAUCAAUGUUCAAGAGGGCUCAGAGCUGAAACCUCUCCGCUCCCGAGCCGACAACCAGAGCAAGUCAGAAAACACCUACAUUGCCACCGCCACGGGCGAGAACAAAACAGCAGGUCAAGCAAAGAGCGAGGAAUCCGCCUUUGUCGACGAGCUGCUCACUCUGAGCAUGCAAGCAGACAAGCGGGCGGGCAUGUAA